AUGGCAGCCAUUUUCUCGGGAGAUGCUCCGGGAGGGCUCCUUCCUGAGGCUUCUGCCCGGGAGGCUCCGGUGAAGGCAAAAAAUGGCACGUCCACCCUCUGCGUUGCACCAGAGCUGGUAACCUUUGAAGACGUGGCCGUCCCCUUCUCGGCCGAAGAGUGGUCCCUGCUGGAGGGGUGGCAGAAGCAGCUGCACCAGGACGUGAUGCUGCAAAACUACACAUUGCUACUCUCUCUGGGUAAUUCUCUUCCCUCCGCGGAGGUUUCCUCUUUAAUUCAUCAGCUGGAAGAAACUACGGUGGGGCAGAAUUUCAGCCAGGCUGGUGGAGAGGAGGGAGCCCAUGGUGGUGAUCACAAGAUCCUGGAGGAUAUCGAGGGGCCUUGGGAUACGGCCGAAAUGAGUGACCGCGAAGAGGAGGGGCUGACCCCCACAGCUGGCGAGGGGGACGCAGCCGAGUGUCGGAGCAGCCUCCAUCUUUGCGCCCUCAUGAAGCUGGUGAAGGAUAUCCCGGAGUUUCUGUAUGGGCGCACGAAAGCCCCCCUGGACCCGGUGGCCGAUUCCAAGGGCGAGGAUGCCGAGGAGGACCCGGAGGUUCUGCCGGGCGAUGCCAAAACAGCUGGGCGAACAGGGAGCUGGCAUCUCCUCGGCUUCCCGGGCGACUUGGCAGACGUCUCCUUCAGCCCAUCUAGCGAUCCUGAAACGCCCGCCAGCAGCACCGAGGACAAAGGGGGGGACUCCCCGAUUCCAGGUUCAGGUGGGCCCAUGAAUACAGAAGAGCAUCAUCUGGCUCCAGGGCCGAAGAAGCAGGAGAUGGAAGGCCUUUCCAAUGAGCCCUGUGGAUCCCGGGUGCCACAGGGCAGCUCCCCAGCAAACCAGGAGGGAGAGCCCUGUGCCAGGAGCCCUGCCGUUGAAGCCGAGGCAGUCCUGGGGAGACCCUCCACCCCCAGUUGCUCUACCAAGAUAAGGGAGCAUCCGGAGGGAUCCAGGAGCCUGUGCACUGGGCACCAGGACCCGGCCAGUCACUCCCCCGAUGACAGUAGCACCACCGGAGCCGUGGAAGAGACCAGAGCGAGAGGAGAGCCCGCCCCUCGAGCAGAAGCCUCUCCCGGGCCUGGCCACCCGUCCGGGGCGGAUUCCACAAAAGUGAGGGAAGCCGACAGUCCUCGUCCUCUUCGCCCUUCAAGGAGAGGCUCGUUGCAGGACAGCCCUGCCCGGGAGGAGCAGCCGGCGCCUGAAUCCACGGACAGGAAAGAGAAUCCCAAAGAAAAGGCCGCUGAGGAGAAGCCCCUGCAGGGUCUGCUGAAGGGCCUGAAGGAGCUGAUCGUCCACCAGCCCCGUCCUCCCCCACAGGCACCCCGCAGAUCCUCCACCGGGGGCUGGCCGGAGACCCAAGCCUGCAGGAGGAGGAGAGGUGGGAGCGGAUCUCUUCCCAUCCGAGUUAAAAUAGAAGCAACGGAGGAAGAGCGGUGUAAGGACAGCCCAGGUCACCUGGGGAAGAAAGGAGCUGACUCGCCUAGGAUCCUGGCGGGCGAGACUUCCGCCGUCCAGACAGCGGGAGACAGAACGAUGACGGUUGCACCCCCGACGAAGGACCGCAGUCUCUCUGCAGCCGUUAAAAUUGAGUGGAUGACCCACAGCCCCCAACCUGAGCACCUGGACGGACCCAGGAAUGCCAUCGGCUGCCCUGGAGCUGGAAACGAGCAAAGCUUGGUGGAUGAGACUGCUAUCCUUGGUGUGAAAAUUAAAAUGGAGCCAGGUGCUGAGGAAGAGGAACUAGCCUUCCGAGGCCUGAAGGAGUCCCCUGAGGAAGACGAGGAGGAGGAGGAAGGCCCCCUCCAGUCCAGCCUGCCCCACAAGGGCUCCUCUCGCACCCAAGCGGAGAGCCGGACGGAGCUGGGCCUCUGGGUUCCCUAUUCGGAGGAGUGGAGCCCAGCCACCAGCCCCCUCCACGGCCUCUUGAACUGCUUGAAGGACAUCCCCACCCCAAGGCAGCCGUGGGCCUCCACAGCAUUGCCCGAGAGAAGAGGAGGAGGAGGAGGAGAGAAGAGAAAGGGGGGCAGGAGAGGAAGGCCAGAACUGAGCGAUGAGUGGGCCGUGCCAGAGAAGAUGUGCCCCCUCUCCUCCCGGGACCAGACCCCGCCAGCACUCAGCACGUGGGCCAGCCCUGCCAUGGAGGACAUUCCUUCUCAAGGGGCUCAGGAGGGGCCUGCCGGGCCGGCGAACGGCGGCCAAGGGCGAGACACGGAAUGGCGGAAAUCGGGGACUGGAAUCACCCGGGAAGGUCUGAGCACCCCUUUGGAAAGCCUGGAGCGCUGUUUGAAGGACCUCCCUCUGAACGCACCGAGCCAGCCCUGCUCGCCGACGGUCAGCUUGUACCUGGGCAGCUCCCCGGAGAGGCUCCUCAGGUGGACUCCAGAGAGAGGGAGAUGGACGAGGAAGGGAGAGGAGGCCCCUCGGAAGCUUUUGCAAGGGAUGCUGAAGGUUGGCACUGAGAAGGGCCUGGAGAGGUGCCUGAAGGAGCUGCCGCUGGGCUCCCCCCGCCAGACGCCGUCCCCCCUGGUCAGCUCCUCCUUCGGCAGCUCCCCAGACGGACGCCACCGGUGGACGCCCGAGGCCGGGAGGUGGGCCAAGAAGGAGCGAGGUUACCUGGAGGUCCAGCAGGCAAAGAUGUGGGGAGACGAUGGGGCAGCCGUCUCUGGGCGUUCUCUCCCACCAGCCGGCAGCUCCAUCCAGCGGCCCCUACACUUCUGGGGAAUGAGGUGGAGGCGGCGGUUGUGCCAGCACCCCUUUGCAAGGGCUGGAGCGGUGCCUCCAGGAUCUCCCUCCGAGCUCCCUCAGCCAGCCGUCAUCCCCAGCCGUCAGCGCCUCUUUCAGCGCCUCCCCAGACGGAGGCCAGCGGUGGCCGCCCGAGGCCGGGAAGUGGGCCAGGACGGAGGGAGCACUCGGAAACCGUAUCAUUCGGACUACAGCUUCCAUGAACCUGCGACAGCAUCACGUGGGUGGCUGGGGAGUCUGGGCACUGCAAUCCCAAAGGUCAUAUUUCAGACGACCCCGCUCAUUUUGGUUCUCAUUUCACUCCACGAGGAGGUCUUUUCCGUUCUCCUAGGCAGCCCCGCCGCCAGCCCCCUCCAGCAUCUCCCUUCGGGCAGCAUCCACACCGAGGCAGGAACGGAAAGCUCUCCCCUCCACAGGCUGAUGAACUGCCUCAAGGAUAUCCCCAUCCGAAGGCCAAGCUACCUCCACACGCCCAGCCUCUCGUCUUCCUCCUCCAGCUGCAGUGAAACGGAGAGAGAGCGGGAGAGCCCCGGGAGGAGCCGGUCAUGCUCAGACUGCGGGCAAGAUACCUGCCAAGGAUCCGAGAUGGAGGAGGUCGUGGGGCCGAAGGAGGCAGAAUCCUGGAGGAGGAGGAGGAAGAGGAAAAGGCGUCCUUCGGAACAGGAAGGGGACUUGGCUGUACAAGAACCUCGACUGGUGGAGGUGGGCCCUUGUGUCCUGCCAGCCUCCCCCCUCCACCAGCUGGAAAGCUGCUUGAAGGACAGGGCCUCGAGCCGGCCCCUGCCCUCCCACCUCCCCCCUGCCAGCGCUAAUGCUCAUCCGGACAGGAUGCCCCAGGGAGGCAAUGCAGGGAGCGCUGCAAAGGUGGCCUGCAGUCCAUCAAGGUCUCCUGAAGACACCCCAACAGCUGCCGCAGCCGCCCCAGCAGCAGCAGCAACACCAGCAAUGCUCUGUGCCCUGAGUCAUUGCGACGCAUCGGCCCUGGGCCCUUUGGGCAGGACGUCUGGAUUGGGUGCAGGGUGGGGCCGCCCAGAAGGACGGGUUCAGCGUUCUCUUCCUGAAGGUGACACUGCAGCUGAACUCCACUCACAGGCUGGGGCUGCACAGAAAGUGGCGACCAGUCAUCGUCACCUCCAGAGCUUGGCAAACUCCCCAGGUGAAACGCCAGCCCAUCCUUUGAAGCUGGUGGCCGGCAACGCCCUGGACAACUCUGCACCAAGAGAGGGGGACUCUGAGAGAGGCACGUCCUCAGUGGAAGGAGAAGGAAGGGACAAGCGCAGUCCGCUCCAGGGGCUGAUCCGGUGCCUCAAGGAGAUCGCCACACGGGGACCCAGCCCCGUCCGCCAGUCCGCCAGCCGUUCCCCCGGGGAGCUGAGGGGCAAACCAGCUAAGGAAGAAGAGGAGGAGGCGGCUACGAGGAGGGCACCCCAGGAAGCCCAGGACAAUGACGACACAGCUCUAGGCACACAGUCCUGCGGUACCGAACCCCAGGGGGAAGGGGAGCCAGGAAGCGCCUCCAAGCAGAAGUCUCCCAGCCCCGACCUUCCUCUUCCCUACCGUCGCCGCUGCGGGAGUGGGACGUCUCCGGAGAGCAAGGCGGAGGUGGGGGGCCUGGGGCCCCUCCUGUCCAGGAAGCUGGACCGCCUGUCUGCGGACAUGGGGGCCAUCUGCAGGGACGUGGCCCAGCUGCAGAGCCACCUGGACCGGCUGGAGCAGGACGCUCGGGGCUGGGGGCUGGAGCUGGCCACGCUCCGCAUGGAGAACCGGAGCCUGAGCGAGUACGUGCGGCGGAUGGAGGGCCGGUGCCGGGCCCUAGAGAGCCGCUCGCGGCGCAACAACCUGCGGAUGCUGGGCCUGCCAGAGGGGGCCGAGGGCAGCGAUCCGCUCUCGUCCUUCUUGCAGAGGACUCUCCCGGAGAUGCUGGGCUUGCCCCUGGAGUCCCGGCCCCCGGAGGCGGCCAUCCUGCAGGCGGCCCACGGGCGGCCCCUCAGCUACGCGGGCGUCCAGGUCACCAUCCUGCCGGACUUCUGCUCCUCGCUCUCCCGACGCCGGCAGGUCCCCUUUGGGGCGGCCAGGAGGAGUCGGUGGCUGGCGGACCCCUGCUUCAGCCCUCGGCACGCCUCCUUCUACCCCCCUUGGCCCCAAGGGCGACGGGGGCCUCUGGCCGCCUCUGGCCCCUUGGCCGGCGAGAGGGAGGGUCCAGCUGUGGAGGAAGGCCAGCGGGCGCUCCUGGUCCUGACUAUGGAGAGAGGGUGCGGGCAUCGCGAAAACACCCAGGCUGCCUGCCAUGCAGCCGACGGCCCAAGCGGGGCUUUCUGA